AUGAAGGAACCUAAUCUCAUGCAGAAGUACCCCCUUGGAUAUCAGCCUGCUAUCCAUUACUUGCCGUAUCUUAUCUUCAUUUCUUAUGUUGUAAGCUUCAUUGGCGCUUUUACUACGGUGGAAUUGCUUCAUAGACGAGUUACGGGAGCAGGAUGGAGGAAUUGUGUUCAGCUGGCCCCUUGCUCCGUAUCUUUUGCCAUGGUCCUCGGGGAUGGAGAGGAGGAGAUCCAACUGUAUUACAGCGCGACCUUCACCGCAGUGUCUGCUCUCCUUCCCAUCAUUGUCAUCUUCCUAGGACUGUUGGUGGCCGACCAUUUCCACAGAGGGAACAAACGACGGACGACGCGCUAUACUGCCCUCUUGAUCUGCGGGGCAUGUUCCGGCACUGCUGUCACGGAGAUGCACUACCUUGGAAACCAGGGGACAACGGACUAUAAGCUUGAACCGGGUUGGCAGUAUAUUACCGGAGCUGCGGCAAUAGCGGUAGGCGCAUGCAUCAUCUCAUUUGGCCUUUUCUUCCACUGGAGUGGACACUGGAUGAUUACCGUAUGGAGACGUCUUCUCGUCGCUUGCUUCCUCGCCACGGCAGCCUCUGGCAUGCACUGGACAGCAGCAGCAGGUACUACUUACGAAAUAACAGGUUACCGCAGAAGAUCGGGACCGGCUCGAAAUGUCAACAUGAUCAUUGCCAUCUGCCUUUGUCUGAGCGCUUGUGGCGUCUGCUUUACCCUCGGGUUCCUCAAACAACGUCAUCGUAAGAGGCUUAGAGACAGGGCACAGCAGGUUGUGCUCGCUAUAGCAACAUUUGACACAAUCACUAGACAGUUUCACCGGCGGACCCUCGACGAAGAUUUCAACACUACGCAUCCCGUUUUCCAUUGGGCCUACAGAGUCUCACGUCAUUGGGAAGGGGUUACCGAAUUAGUGCCAGGAAUGCGCGACGAUUUGCUCACGACGGGAUAUCUUCAGACCCACACAUCGGUCAUGGGCAGUCGGUCGUCCAUUGGGUCUGAUGAUCAUCCAAACUACUCGACGACUUUCCGAGAGCUGUUCUGCGUGACAGCCCAUGAUAUUGCGAGAAGCCUGGAUACAAGGCUGCAGGAUCUCGGGUGUCUGUAUGAAGACAUCAUGACUACUGGGACACUGUUGAACAACCUCAACAGAAUCCGGCGCGAAGAUGAUGGAAGGAAGACGAUCAUUACGGCAGAAGCUGCGACUUCAUCCGGGGAGGUAGAAGUUGGUCUUGCGAAUCCAAUUCUUUUCGGGAAAGGGCAACUCCUUGUUCUUACCCGAAAAGUCUGUGCAAGGGAAGCCAACCGACUGCAGAAUAUCGGGCAUCGGUUCGCCAAUUUGGACCAAAUUGGGUAUCCACUCGCCCGUAGCUUGCAAAUAUCACGAGAAGACCUUCGCCUCAUGGUCACUCGUCUCCAACUUUUCUGUGACAGGAAGCCGUGGACCCCUUCCACCGGGACAUACCUGGCCGCAUUCCUGCUCCAACCGUCACCUCUUCUGAAGGGGUUAGACAUCAUAGUACCUAGAUACACUCCCGAUCGACUAUCAGUCGUAAAACUUAGUUCUGAGGAAUUGAGGUCGACACAAGUGAAGUUGUUCGCUCAAUUCGAAGGGAUGACGUUGGACGAGUGCCUGUCGCGCAUCCUUCAGCAGCAUAGAGCAACAGCAGAUGAAGACCAAAUUUGCCUAGGAAAGUUUCGUAACAAAAUAUACGAGCUCUUGAAGGAGGUGCCGGAGCCGUUCUUACGUCGAGCUACCUUUUCGGCCCAACAUCUCAGAAUUACUCAUGGCAUCAGCGCUGAAAACGACAUCAGUCAAGCCACUAUCUUCGCUUUCUGCGGGAUCAGAGAAGUCUAUAAUCAGUCACUCCAGAGUCCGGCAUUAAGACACGUACCAUUGUCAUUCUUCCAGUGCCAGCAACGAGUCUAUCCCGGAUGUCCCAACUAUGCUAUCUUAGCUAGAAAAAACCAUGUCGAGUUUGGCACCCUCAUCGCUGGAUCUUCGGCCGAUACGCAUCCUCUGCCGCCUCGACCGUCAACUAAAUGGUCGAACCGUUGGCCGUUUGUGAAGUCUGCUUCAACAUCGGAGGCCAGUCUGAACACCGACAGCAGCUCUGAAAAGGGACUUUUCAACAUCACAGAAUAUGCUUCCACUAACCCUACCAACAACGGAAGCCAUCCAUUUGGAGGCAUCAUGGUCAGUCAAGAUAUCACAAUCAACGACAACCAGAAGGACAGUCGCCAGCUCGAAAUGAGCGACAUGGGAGUCAAAUCAAUCGCCGGUGUCGCAGAGGGAGAACAACAGACAAUGAUCGACAAGAUGAUGUUCAUCACAACGUCGCUCCGAGAUCCCCAUACUCGGGACAGCCACGGUCGCUAAUAGUCGCUAAUGCCUUCUCGCAUCUUCCCGCUCUCUUUUCUUUUCAUCACCAGUAGGGUCCUUCACUCUUCGAUGUACCCAUCCGGAAUAUGCCGCCCUCCUUCAACAACUUGUAGAAUGAUACGUUCGAGGUUCGUCAUUGACCGGAUCAUGCAACAGGCGCGGACAGUCUCUUGCAUGGGGAAGGCUGGGCGCCGGGCUGCUUGAGCAGAGGCGUAAAGGGGGAUGUAUGAUGCAGCGAUGGGACUGGUGAUGCCGCAUGGGAUGAGCUGAUACUAUUUGUCAUGUAAUGUCUUCUGUACAAUGAAAAGAUGUUAUUCUUGAG